GGACUAACUGCUAGACCAACAAGCCAGUCAUUAUUUAGAAGAUACAAAUAUAUUUGCUUAUGCGAACUACUUUUAUUCAAGAUCUUUUAUUUUAAUCCUUUUACUAAGCUGUUAUUUUAACUAACGAACAAUUGUUAAAAGCAAAGGUUGUCAUUGCCAUAAUAAUAUGUCAUGGUAUCCAUUAGAAUUCCUAUAGAAUUAAACUGCAGAAUUGAGGAUGUCUGGCUAACGCACAUUCUUAAUCUUUUUACCAAAACGUUUUGUUCCCUUCAAUCAACCAAUUUAGCCUUAAUUUGCCAGGGAACCUUUACAGCUUCUUAAAAGAAUUACUUUAAUGUAUGUCUAUACCUACUUUGCCUCCAUAAUCAAGCAACAAAAUUUUGAAAUAUCAUCCAAAUUGUAUAUACUGAAGUAUUCUAAAUGUGAAAAUCAAGAUUAAAUCAUGUGGAGAAAAGUAAAAUUUAGCCAAACGACUAACCGGUUUCGGCGCCAAAAUCGACUUAAGUUUGAUGAUAACGAAAUACAAUUAAAAGUUUACAGGAGUUAGUUUAGCAGUUCCUUGUUUUUGAAUAGAUAUUUAGAAUUAUUCAUAAUUUGACAUAAACUAGCUUACGCGCCGCUUCGCCUGCACGAAUUAGUUUCAUUCUUCUCCAGGAUAAAUUUUCAUUCUCAUUAACAUUUAACAGGCGCCAACAUCAGGAAACGUACUUAUUAAGUAUUCUUUCUUCUUAUUCGAGAUAACUGCCAAGUUUUUUUUAGUGUUUUAGCGGUAACCUAAAAGCUUCUUUGACCGAAGUUAAAGUAGCUGCGAGUUGCAACCAAAGAGUCCUUAGUACGCAUGCGCGGGAGCCCGGUACAAUAGGCUGCCUAUAUUAUGAUUAUGAUGGAUUUACAUCGAAACAGUUCGUUGGCCGCCACCGCCGGUCUAAAUAUUUACAAAUGCCUAAAUAAGUUAAUAUGAUAGUGAUUUUAAAUAAUGUCUGUAGUGUUGUCAAGCGAUUUCGUGUUUUUAAGUUAGACAGUCUAGUGUUGUGCUUUCGAUACAAAAACAGAGUUCCGAAAUACUUUAAGUGGAGUCCGCAAACCAUGUUGAUGUGUAGCGUUUUGUUUGUUUUGUUAAUGUGAAUAAUUUAUUGAUCUUUGAAUUGAGAGAAGCGGUAACGCGGUAUUUAGAUUCGAAUAGAAGAAUCUAAUAUUAUUAUGUGUUCAACAGUUUGAAAUCUAAAUAGAACACCUGUUGUCGUGUAACUUAAUUUGUGACACAACGAUGAAGAACGAUGCAUUUAAUUACCAAUUAAUAGUAUUACAGUAAAAUGCAGAUUGCGUUUGGGGUCUUAUAUAAAAUAGCAACAAAUGGAAAUAAAUACGAAAUAAAUUCCGCAACUAAUUACGUUUUAAAUAUUGUUUAGUAUAAUACUAUAGCUGGUAGUAUCUUGAUCGAAGUUUCUCGAAAGCCAAGCCAUGGCGAUUAAAGUCCAAAAGUACAUGAUCAUUAAAUUUUGCUCAGUGAAAAAUUGUAAGAACAACAAUGUUAAUAAUCCAAGGAAGACGUUCUUCAGUUUACCGAAGGACCCGGAGUUGAGGGAGAAAUGGAAAAGUAUAACGUUGGAAUGGUAUUUUCUUAACGAGAGAUUUGUGUGUCAGGAUCAUUUUGAUAUGAAUAAAGAUUUUUUUGGCUAUGAUGUAUAUGAAGUGUUUGGCGGUUAUCUCGAACUGAGACCUGAUGCUGUCCCUCGGAUGGCCAAGUAUCAUCCAGCUCACAUUACCAGAGAUGUGUCGGAUUUGGACAAGUUCAAGCGGCGGUUGAUCCGCACGGUCGCUCGUCUGCUGCUGCUGGAGAAGAGGCCGGAGAAAGAGGUCUGGGAGUGCUUAAAGAGGGAGACUUCGUACGAAUGCAAGGCGUUAUGGUCUCGGAUGCGAGCUUUAACUUUGAGGAAGUUGGAGAAGCUGUUCGAAUGCAACGAUCAAGUAGCCAGGAUACCUAAGGCGGCGCGAAUGUCCUUAACGGAUUGGCUUAUGUUCGACAUGGUCCUCGUUCACCAGAACGUGGACGUUAUCAAAAUGCAGCCGAAAGCCGUAAAAUCGAAACAGGAUCCCAAGCCGUUGGUGGAUCUGCUGGCGAUUGUCAAGAAGUUUGGCAUCGAAGGCGCGCGGGGCGAGGAACUGGCGCAAGCCUGGUCAGCCGCCACGCUGUACUACAAUAACCAGGGCCACCAGUGCUCUCCGAUGCUGCUACAGCUGCGCUGGUACCAGCUGAAGCGUGCCACUAGAGACCAGUUCUAUAACUUCUGGUUCGCGUACCGCGGCAUGGUCAAACGUCUGUCCUUCGCCGAGCCACACACGCCUUCACCGCUGCAAAUCGAGAUCGCUAUGCAUUAUAGAUGUCUGGUGACCCUCCCUUUCCCUGAGUGGGACCAGAUGAUAGAGAAAGAAGAAGUCAUAUUACCCGAAAUGCUGGCACAUAAAAUGAUUGAGAAACCAGGGAUACCUGUUAAAAAGACACCAGUCGCUGAAGACCAUAGUCCUGACCUGGAGGUCAUUGAACCUGUGAUAGAAACUAUAGAUCUUGGGGCAGACUCUGACAAUGAGGGUGAAGUACCAAAGUCAAACACGGAGCAAAAACAACCCCUGGAACCACCACAAAUCAAGGAAGAACCCGCAGACAUGGACAUAGAUGGACCUUACAUUGAGGAACCCAAAAACCCAUGGUUCGACGAAGCUUUACAGUACACUGCAGUCGAACACGAAAACUUAGAUAAAACUGAAGGCGUUGAUUCGUCCGACGAUCUCGCUGACGCAGAAAAUGAAAUAACGCAAGCAAUUCAAUUCACACUAAACCAACAAAAAGAAAACAUGUUACCACAAAUCACGUGCGUAUUCGGUAAUGUCGACGAUACUAACGCAAUUUUAUCGCAAAUAGAUGAGUCAGGGGCUACUAUUAAUAACCCUAAAACGCUUAAAGACGUAGUUUUAGAACAAACUGUAGCUACAGAUGCUGAAACUUCGAUUAAUCCUGUUACUAACGAUGAAAUUAUAGAAGAAAAUAUCACUAUACCUACAGUUAAUGAUAGCGAAACUGCAGAAGAAAAUAUACCUGAAAUUAUUGAAAAAAGUACAAUUCCUGUUGAUGUGCCUGAAAUUGUUGAACCAACUGUAACUGAAGCUCCUAAAAGCACAGAACCAACUCCUGAAGUAAUAGAAUUAGACGAUGAUUCCGAUGUUGAAACGCCCAAAGUUAAAACUGAAAAAGACUUACCUGAAGUAACAGCUAAAAAAAUAACGGCAGUUAAAGAAUUUGAGAAGUUCUCUUUUGGUGAGCUUUCGAAUGAUAUGAGUUUUGCUGAUGAUGGUAUAGCAUUUGUGGAUGACGGGAUCGCCUAUGUCGAUGAUUAUGAAGACAAACCUAUCAAAGUAGAAGAAAAAGUUAUUAAAGAUGUACCAACAAUUGACCUUAAACUCCUCAUGUUACCUAUAACAUAUACAACUCGACUAGACGACAUGGGGCUCAAGUAUUACCAACGUAUACAAGACAAACAGCUGAUCGAUAUUAUCUGUAAACAAAGCAAACCUACUCUGAAGCAAGCAGUCAAAGAAAAACCUGAAGAAACAAAAGAUGAUUUAAAAAUGGCUGAAGAUAGUGAAGAGGAAACUGUUCCUGAUAGUCUGAAAGUAAAAUCGUCCAGUUACUUGUUACAGAAACCGCGAGCGCGCACGUACAAUCCUAUACAGCUGUGUAAAAACCCAGAUUUUAAUACGAGGCUCAAACGUUUGACAGUCGGCUUCUUAAGCUCGCCGCGUAACAGGGGUCUUUUGAAGACUUGCAAACCAUUGACGAUUGACCUCGGGAAAUCUUUCGAACGAAAACUUAUAAACGGUACUUUAUAUCUUAAGGCUAAUUCAAAAGCAGAAUCCAGAAAUACGGAAGAGACUCGCCAAAAUGUAUCCGUUAUACCUUCCGCUAUGCCCGCACAAAGUCUCAUCGAUAACUCCAAACCGGUUGAAAUAUUCCCUACCGUUAACUAUGAGCCUUUAAAACCUAGCGAGCACCAAGCACAAGUACAACCGACUGAGCAAACUAAUGAAAGGAAGAAAAUAAUAAACUUACCUGAUAUAAGUGAGAUACGUCGAAUUAAUCAGACUUUACUCACAGCAGAGGUUAGUCCUAUACAGGUGCAAAAUAACAUGCCACAAGUGCAGGUUUCUAUAGUGCCAACUGCUCAAAAACCAGCUCCUGCAACUGCAUUAGGAAUGCCACUGCAAAAAGGAUUUAUUGACCUAGACACGUCACAGCCAAAAGCCCCAUUCGCAGAAACGCGGCUGCCAAACACAACCAAGUGCCCACCUGGCGUGGUCAAUUAUGAACCUAACUCCCGAAACUCAAGGCUUAUCCAACCAAAACAGAAAGGUCCUCACGGAUAUCUCGAGCGCUACCCAGACUUAAUUACACAAAAACUACCCCGCGUGGGGCCUGCUUGGUCGAAGGCUGCGCCUGUUAGGAAAAGGACAUUGGGCCCAACAGUUCCUUGGAUUCCUAAAAGCUCUGACCCAAGCGUCGCCGGCUCUACAAGUAAAAGCGACGAAGCGCUUCUUACCAUAGACACAUUAAACAAAAUGUUAUUCCUAUUUGUUUAUGACGAGCAAGAGAAUGAUGGUUCGCAAAAAAAACAAAAGGUCAAAAAGAAAAAGAAAAUAGACGGAAGCUUUUUCGAUGCACCGAUCCCUGUCAAUGUAGAAGAAAGUACAAGUCAAACGAAGACGCCUAAAGUAAGCAUAAAAGCCGCAGAAAAGAAACCUAAAAGUAAAAAAGAAAAGAGAAUGCCAGAUCAGCAAUCAAAUUCACGCACUUGCUGCUGUUGGGCGCAAAAGAAAAUUAUACACAUGAUGGGUGUCACUAAAAAGUUGCCUCUCCAUGAAUGCGUGUACCCUGUAUGCACAUGCUGCUGCAAACACUUAUUAGAGGAGUACGCUCUGAACGACAAACUUCAAAAGCAGGCUGAAUCCCAAAUUCGAAAGGAAGCACUAGCAGAAAAAAAUAAAGAUGUGGAUAAAACUAUACUUAUUGAAGAUACCCCGUCUAAUAAUGUAAAUGUUAAGACCGCCACAGCUGAAAGCGCUAUUGAAAUCCGUGAUGAUAGCCCUGAGCCUAAACCGGAUCCGAAUAAUCAGAAAGUUAAAAUUGUUAUCUGUUGCCCUAAAUCAAAUGAAUUCGCGGAAAAAAACCGAGACGCUAAAGCUACUGAAACGACUGCUACGGCUGCUACGCAUACUACUCCGCCUACGGCUGUUGAAAUUGUUGACAAAACUCCCGAAGUUACUGAUGUCAAUACUGCAGAUUCGCCUGUCAAAUUAAUCGAUGCGGCCAUACAAACAAGUAUAAGCGAUGGUAAAACAGACACAGUAAUAGAUCUAGAUGAGUCUAACGAUGAAUCGUUUACUAUCACUGAAGGACCAAUCAUUACUGACGUGAGAAGUGAAGAACCAGUCAAAGUACCAACGUCAGGUAGCGCUUCAUCUGCCAUCACCCCCCCACCUAAGACUGAUGUAGCUACGACAUGCAGCAGAAAUCUUGUUUUAAAUGUUAAUCCGGCACCUCCUCGGCAUGGACAUGUUGUUAGAAGAAGGGGACGUAGACCAGGAACGUUACACGGUGCCACACCAACCACAGUGGUAAAGUGCAAUGCCCACAAAAAGCAAUGUGUUAACCUAGCAAAGAGUGCUAAAACAGUAGAGCCAACCCCACUGCCUCAAGCUAACACAGCAAAACAGGCACAAAAUACUAAUAACUUACAAAUAGCCCAAAAGCAGCUGACGCCGAUAAAGAGGUCACCAGAAAAAAUAAUCUAUUUAAACGGUAAACAGACGUCGUCAUUGUCUGCCGACAACCCUAUAUUUUUAGAAAAGAAUAAAAUACUGUUGACUACAGUUAAAUUUCCACCCAAUUUAUAUAAAUUUGAGGAAGCUCAACAGGUUUUGAAAUCGACUAUAAAUCCGCCCAAUGGUGUGAACUUAGUUCUGGCAGUUGAUGGUACAGUCACGUACACGGUCAGCCCCAACGUUGAGGUGAAAGCAACCGACAUGGCCGCAGUACCGGGUAUCGUAGCUGCCAUGCAACAAUACAUUAACACUGCUGUUAAAAAGUCUACACCCGAACCAGUAGCGACAAUCAGUAUUAAAUUAGACAAACCUACUGUUGAUGUGGACGAAAACGAUGAUAAAAGCAAUUCUAGAUUGGCCAUAUUACCAGCGGGUGAAGAACAGACCGCCAAUCAAGAGGCCACAAAAAACGACAACAUCACUAUUCAUAUCAGUCCAGUUGGAACUAGUGGGCCAAAAGAUGAUGCCGAAAAAACUGAUACAAAUGUUGACAAGCAAAUCGUUAACGUAACAGCGAGUCUAGGUAGCAUUUCUGAUACAUCGACACCUACAGUCGAAGUAUCACCUACUAAACAAGGUCACGAUGCAUGUGCAACAGCUAAACAAAAUACAGACAGUCACCAAGAAAUAGCGAGUGGCCAAAACCUAGCAACAGGUCUUCAAAAUACUGACGGAACGAGACAAGAUGAAAAUGCACUUACCGAAAGUAAUCUCAAUGAUAACCAACUGACAGUAAUUAAAGACGUUUCUCAACAAGACGUCCACGUCACAGCUACGACUCCCGAACAACCUAUUGAACCAAGUAAUAACACAAAUACCCCUGAGGACCCAGCGUCAAAGAACCAGGCUACUAAAAAUAUAUUGUCAGACCUGAUGGAAAUGUCAGGGAUUUUUGACGAAGACGUACCAACAGCGCAGCCUUCGGAAGCGACGUCGUCAGCCCCUGACACUGCCACACCCGCGGUUACAAUACCUUCUGUCCUACAAUCCUACGCGCCGCCAUUCAAUCCACACGGCUAUCUACGAACGCAAAUCUUUACCUCAGGUAGACCUGUCAUCAGUGAACUAUCCCCAAUCACUUCUCUAUGUGAACUAAAGUACGCAUGUUUAAACAACGGGCUAUUCUUCAAACUAGACUUCGAGACGCGUUUGCUUAUGCCAGUAAAAGUAUGUAUGAAAUCGACUACCAGCUUGCCUAGGUUACCUAUUUGCCCGAAAGUAAUAACGGGUACACCAAAAGCGGUGAUCGAUUUGACGGAAGACGACGACGCCUCUCCCGCAAACGUAGUCCCGAAGCGGGUAGAAGCACCUGUUAGAGUUACGAGUAUGCCGUCAAUAAUAUCCCGCAAGAACAAUGCGAAACCAAUUAAACUAAUUAAACUGUUACCCAAAGUACCAAACACGACACAGGGAGAGCUCAGUAAUCCAUGUUCUUUACUCCGGAAAUAUCCACAUGGAAAACAAAAAGUCAAGCAAGUUGUAUUGUUGUGCGAUGAUAAUGGCAUGCAGGUGAAGAAAAAUACUUUAGUGUCCGAGGCUUCAUGCCCGAUCAAACCUGAUCCACCAACUAAAAUAAUUAAUUACACAAUGGAUGGCGAUAAUGUUCCGCCGCAUUUAGAGAGUCGGUCAGGAGGCCUUGAUUCUGAUUCAUCUGAUGAAGAGCCUCUAGCUAAAAAAGCGAAACGGAAAUUGACCAACAUGGAGGCAGCUAAAAAAGAUGUAAUAAAUUCAGAAUGUAGCCAGGUUGGCAAUAUUGAUGAGUCUAUGGAGGUAGACGACGCGGAAGAGUUGGAACCACAUUUUGAAAUAUUUCCGGCUGAUGAAAACGCAGAUUCCGAGGAACAUUGUAUAUUAGGGUUUUGAGUGUCAAAGAAUUGAAGUUUUCUGUAAGAUUUAAUCUCAAGAUUGUUGUGAUCAAGUUUUUAAGUAUCUCAUAUUAUCUACAUGAUAUUUGUAAAAUAUCCCCCAUAAGUAGCAACAAUUUGCACUUGCGAGUGGCACUUAUAGACAAUUGAAAAUGUCAUAUUCGAAAUAAGAUAUUUGUCCUAUUUGGAGUCGGUUAGAAAUCGCUCAUAUUUGUUAAAAUGUCAGUUCAUUUAGAAAAAGUCAUUAAGUGAAACUUGCCUUUACUAUCAGCGUCAACGGUUGUCAUUCGUUGUUUUAAAUAAUAUAUGUGUGUCAUUACGGUUAAUAAUUUGAUAUUUACAACAUUUUUUUUUGAGUUAUCUUUGUAUUUUGUGAACGAUUACUUAUACUUAAAAAAAGUUAAAAUUUACAAACGUUAUAAAAUUGAAUUGGAUAAUUCCCAAUAUUUACUGCUUGAGCGCCAUCUUGUGCCGCAAAUUGACAGUAUAUUUUGAUUAUAAACCGUAAUGUUUUAGUACUGCUUUUUACUAACUAAUUUAUAUGAAUAAUAAUUGACGAUUGAACAGAGAGUCUAGAGAGGUUGUUCUCUUCGCACUCUCGGUCUCUCGCUCGCACAACAGCUACAGUCUCACUUAAAGAGGCGGUUGUUGAGUCACAUUUGUGGAUUGUAGACCACUAUCAUUAUUUAUAUCACAAUAAAAUUGCAUUUAAUUAUAAGGGUACCUACAUAAACUUAAGUUUCUCAAGGUGAAAAAAACAUAAAUGUAUAUUUUAAGAUUUGUUUUAUGUAAAUAUUAGUAUUUAAUGUUAAGUAAGUUUAAGUAACUGGCUCGUUUUAAGUAAGAACCGAAGAUAUUAGAGGGUAAGCUUCUCUUGUGGCGGUUGGUCUGAGGAUCGGUGUCCUUUUUGAAUAUCAAUGCCCUCGGUGCCUCGGAAUGCAUGUAUAUGUGCAUUGUGCGCAUUAUUCGUUGCAUACGACUAAGAGUCAGUAAAUUGAUGGUCAUGUUAGUAUGUGUGUGUGAGCAACGCACACACUUGUGUAGGUACUUGAAUAAGUAUUUUUGUAUUUACCCUCGCCCUGUAGGCUGAAGUUUACGUCAAUAAGAGUUGGUCAGUGAACGCCAAUGACGUUAUCUUUUGAAGUCACGUGAUUUCGACUUGAACGAAUACACCAACUUUAAU